GGUGACGGUUGCUCUAGGCGCCCAUGCAUAGCCUCACAAUGUGCAGCAGCAGGCCUCAGUUAUGCUUUCGAGGACCUAUUUCUUCACCACUGUAAUGCCGUGGUGACUUCGUCUCUGUGAAAGUGCCGUCGACAUUCACACGCCCUCCAUCGGGGCCCAAUUACUUAUAUUUCCUGCUGACGCCUGAUUUGUCGUAGGUUUUGAUUGCAACCAACUAUGGCAUUCACGGGGCGAACUCCAGAAUCGCUGCUCCCUCGCUCGGACUCGAAAAAUCCCGCGACAACCUGCAAAGGCAUCACCAAGUCCGGCCGACCAUGUAGGCGCGCCAUCGACACGACGUUAUCGUCACGGAACAAUGGUGUUCUGGCUGUAGUGUCAGUGGCCAGUGAUAGCGAUGAGGAGGACACUGGGGCAGCAGCAUUCUUCUGCUGGCAGCACAAGGAUCAAGCGGAGCAGUUGGCAGCUGCCAACGCCGAGGGUCCUAGCAGGCAGGAUACCAGGCUAUAUCCUCUGCAGGAGAGGAGCAGCAUUGAUACACUGGUUGCGCGGCUAGGGGUUCUCGAGGUUGAGGAACCCGCGCAGACGGCCCAGCAGAAGAGACGGCAGAGUAGACAAGAGGAGCGCAGAUCCGGCAAGAGACCACCGCGCAGAGUCAACAGGCCGCCCACGUGGGAUCAAGUCCAAGGGCCGCUGAUGUCGGUGCCGAGCGAUGUGAUGGCGGAGAAGAAUCGCAUCGGUCAGCGGCCAGGUGCGAGACCGCAGCGGAAGAAGCCUGGAUUUUGGCAGAUGCUGUGCUGUGGAGCGGCGGACGAUGACUAUGUGGAGGUGGUGCGGCAUAAGAAGAGAGUACAGGGUCAGGCUUCUCUUCCACCGACUACGCAAUAUGCGUCGGAGGCUCCGAUGCCGCAAGCACCGCAUCGAACAUAUCAAUCUCGACCGAGUGAUGGUGCUUCGCCAGUCCCACCGUCCGCGCCGCGUCCACCCAGCAGCAGUGUGCCGUCGCGGAAACCCCUCUCCGAGAAACCCGCCCGACCCCUCAACAAGACCGCAUCCCCCCGUCCAUCAGAGACCUCCACGCUCCUCUCGCACAUCCCCAAGUCGCUCCCCCCACAAACGACGUCUACCCUGCUCUCUGAGCUCUCGAAGCCCAUCUCCCCCCACGACGAAGAAGGCUACAUCUACAUCUUCUGGCUGACGCCCGAGGCGCUCGGCCCCGCGCCCUCGUCCACAGCCUCGACGCUGCUCGCGCCGCCCUCCUCGCGGCGGCCUGAGCAAAGCCGUCGCACGUCCGACGUGUUGCGCCAGUACUCUGUUCGGCGCCCGCAGCGAUCGAGCCAGCGCCCACCGCGCAUGAAGUCUGCAGAGCCUCAGUCCAGCACCAGCGGCGAUGAUGAGAAAAACACUAUUCUUCUCAAGAUAGGCCGCGCGAACAACGUCACACGUCGCAUGAACGAAUGGACGCGCCAAUGCGGCUAUUCUCUCUCGCUCGUCCGGUGGUAUCCCUAUGUACCCUCCUCCACACAGUCGCCAUCACCCUCCCCCCACGCCUCGCCGGCGCAUUCGCGACGCCCUUCGUACCAGAACCGGAACCAGAACCAGAACCAGCGGCCUUCAGACCCCGUCCGAAGAGUCUCGGAGGGCGUGCGCAAGGUCCCGCAUGCGCAUCGCGUGGAGCGCCUCGUGCACAUUGAACUAGGCGAGCAGCGGGCGAUGAAGAAGUGCGAGGCGUGUGGGAAGGAGCAUCGGGAGUGGUUUGAGGUGGAGGCGAGUCGGGAGGGGGUUAAGCGCGUGGAUGAGGUGGUAAGGAGGUGGGUGGAUUGGGCGGAGCGGGUGAAUGAAUAG